AUGCGACUGCAAAUGCCCUCAUCUUUUGUUGCGCAGAAGUCUCUGCAUGUCAGUGUUAAUGAGCCCUCGAGCGGCCGGGUCGUGAUGUGCUCGAAAGACGGCACCAUCAACAGCUCCCGCAAUUCGCCAUCAGGACUCGAAGCGCGCGGCUUCGUUGUGGACAGGCUAAACACGUACACCACUCAGCCGGUUCUGAAGCACAGUGCCGAAGACUUGGCACUAAUGGAGCAAAGCUCGGUGGCCACCUUCGGCAGCCCCAGCGCAGUGCGCGCUUGGGCACAGGCCACCGAGACGCGGCCAAUUGCGGCAUGCAUAGGUGGCACCUCGCGAGAUGCUGCCGAGGAAGCUGGCUUUGAUCAGAUCCUUUGCCCCGAGAAGCCCGGCAUCCCAGGAUGGGCCGAGGUGACGGUGCAAGCGAUUCGCCAGGUGCUGGAGGCAAGAUAG